UGCUGCAAAGCAACAUCAGCGCCCCCCCGGGAUCCCCUCAGCCCCAGCGGCGGAGGGGAAGAGGCAGCAGGACCUCCCUGCGCGGCCGGAUACCGAUCCGGGACCCCCCGGUGCUGGGCAUCCCCGAGGGCCGGGACCCCCGCGGGGGUCUCCGCUUCGCAGUCGGGGUCUUCUGAGGGGGCUCGGGGGGGCAGAGCGGUGGGUGUUGGGUGCGGGGGGGGCACCCAGCACCCCUGGGCGCCAUGAAUACCCGCAGCCCGGAGCUGAAGGGGUUACAGUGCCGGGGUGCGGGUGUCCCUCGGGGUGUCCCCGGUGCCGAGCAGAGCGGGCAGGAUGGUCCCGGGGAGCGCAGGGGCUGAGCCCCCCCACCCCGGCUGGUACCUCCGCGACGAGGGCAGCGGGGCGCUCUACAGGCGGGGACGGCUCCUGGGAGAGGGCGCCUUCGGCCGCUGCUACCAGGUGACAGAGGUGACCAGCGGCCGGCUCUACGCGGCGAAGGUCAUCCCGCGAGCCCGGCUCGCUGCCCCGGGCAUCGGGGACAGGGUGGAGCGGGAGCGGGAGCUGCAGUGUCACCUGCGCCACCGGCACAUCGUGCGCCUGCACGGGCACUUCGCCGACCGCGGCCACCUCUGCCUGCUGCUGGAGCUCUGCAGCCGGGGGUCCCUCGCCGACAUCCUGCGGGCUCGGGGCCGCCUGACGGAGCCGGAGCUCCGGUACUACCUGCGGCAGCUGCUCUCGGGGCUGCAGUACCUGCACGGCCACGGCCUCGUGCACCGCGACCUCAAACUGAGUAACUUCUUGGUGACGGAGCGGAUGCGGGUGAAGAUCGGGGACCUGGGGCUGGCGCAGCGGGCGGCGCCGCCCGGGCGGCGCUGGGGGGCACUCUGUGGGACACCCGGUUACCUGGCCCCGGAGGUGCUGGACCGCAGGGGACACGCGGCGCCCUCGGAUAUCUGGGCCCUGGGCUGUGCUGUGUGAGAGGGGCUG